AUGUCGGACACGGCCACACCGGAUAAAAACUCCCUGGUCUUACCGACGAGCUCGAAGUCGGUGACGGAGACGGUGAAUGGAUCCCAUCGGUUUGUAAUCCAAGGCUACAGCUUAGCAAAGGGCAUGGGAAUCGGAAAACACAUAGCCAGCGAGAAUUUCACCAUCGGAGGCUACCAAUGGGCGAUUUAUUUCUACCCUGACGGUAAGAACCCGGAGGAUAAUUCGACGUACGUGUCGGUUUUCAUUGCGCUUGCCAGUGAAGGUACGGAUGUCAGGGCGUUAUUUGAGCUGACUUUGGUGGAUCAGAGUGGGAAAGGCAAGCAUAAGGUCCAUAGCCAUUUCGACCGUUCCUUGGAGAGCGGGCCUUACACGCUGAAGUACCGUGGUAGCAUGUGUUGUAAGAGUAUUGGAGUAAUCAUUGUGAGGUUGUGGGUUCAAAUGUGA